GGCAUAGGGGGUCCUCCCAGACCAGGGCUCAAACCCAUGUCCCGGGCAUUGGAAGGCGGAUUCUUAACCACUGUGCCACCAGGGAAGCCCCUUUAAAAAUGUCACAUAAAAAUGUCACAUUUCUUUUCUUAGAAUAUAUCUCAUCCAAAUACACAUCUCAUUUUCUGCUAAAGCUCUAUCUAAAAUAUUUGGCUAAGAGGGAAAAGAUUUUUAAGUAUUUCAUAUCAUGCUGAGAUGAAUAAAUAGACUCUACUGGUUGGAACUCCAUAAAUUGGACAUCACAUUAAAAGUUUUGUAAAUACAAAGAGACAGCUGUUGCCCUUCAAUGUAUGAACCUCUCCAUUUUAAAAAACAACAGCUCUUCACCGUUUUGAUUUCCUUUCUUCGUUGUCUCUUUUACUUUGUUUUUCUAAUCAGGAUAAAUUCAUGAGAUAAGAAAAAAAAUGGCAUCUAGAGUAAAUACCAGUUUCACUUUGAUUCCCAACCAGAAAUACAGACGUCGUAAUCAUCGAUCCAACCGUUUUUCCAACAUCCUUGACCCAGAUUCUCAGCCCUUAUCAACGCUUGGAAAUUUUAAAGCCUUGCCAUUGGAAAUAUUCCAAAUAAUCUUAAGAUGUUUGUCAGUGAAGGAUAUCAGCGUGCUAAGCAUGGUGUCCAAAACAGUCAGCCAGCACAUUAUUAGUUAUAUCUCAACCUCAUCAGGAAGCAAAAGACUUUUACUACAGGACUUUCAUAACCUUGAGCUGCCUGACAGGAGACAAAACUCCACUAUAUUGGAACACUACAGAUCUCUAGGUCUACUGUUUAAAAGAUGUACAUUGCUGCUACCCACAAAGGAAAGACUGAAGUACAUUCACAAGAUACUCGCAGAAGUUUCCUGUUUUAAAUUUAACGGCUGUGUAACUCCAUUGCAAUGUUUAGGAUUACCAUGUUACGGCAUGUUUUUACAGACCUUAACAGCAGGAUGGGAUGAACUUGAGUGCCAUCGUGUUUAUAACUUCUUAUGUGAGCUGACUAAUCUCUCCCGCAACAUGCAGACAGUUGUCUGCAGCAAACCAGGUAAAGAACUAAAAUUCAGAGAUAACCUUAUACAGGGAUUAAAAUAGAAAAAAAAAAGUAUAGUUCUAAAGUGUAUUUCAAAAUA